AUGCCUGCCCCACUUCCAACUUUAUUGGAGGACCCUUCCACAUAUAACUCCCAGGUUGUGGAGACCUUCUCUUGGUCGCCUGCAUAUUCUGCUAUAAAGUCGGGAAAGGCGAGGGAAUGGUAUUACACUCAGCCUGAAGCGACUGUUAUUAACUGGGAUAUGCUUAGAAGAGAAUUUUUGGAAAAACACUUUUCAGCUGAAGUUACUGAUAGAUUGAGGAAAGAGAUUUCAAUGAUUAUUCAAGGUGAAUCCGAGACUCUCUACGAAUAUUGGGAGCGCUUCAACAAUCUCCUGUACGCAUGUCCCCAUCACAUGAUUGAUAAACUAGUAUUGAUCAGCUACUUCACUGAAGGCAUGAACCCCCAGGAUAAAACUACACUGGAAGGUGCCAGUAAUGGUUCUUUGAAAAAGUACAAAACCGCAGAUGAAGCAUGGCAGCUGAUCAACGACUUAGCCGAGUCCACUAGGAAUCACAGACAGAGGCGAAACCAUUCAAAGGCUGUUGUCGAAAUUUUUUCUAGCAUGGAAACUACUGCUCUCACACAAAGUAUAUAUGAAAUGACCAACCUACUGAAGGAGAUGCAGUUAAAUCAACAACAAGCUCAGCCUCUCCCACCACAACAAAACCAACAGUUGGUUCCACAAAGAGUCCCUCAGACUACUACUUCCAAUUCCUCAUCAAGUUACGAGAUGGCCCGUUCUCUCGCGCAAGGACAACAAGACAUGCAGGCGCAACUGAACUCUUCUUUGAAUGGUCUGACUGCCACUUUACAAGCUCUCGUCUCCCAGAUGGAUUCAUCACUUGAUUUUGCACAUCAACCUUCAAGCUCCAGUGGAAUUCCUUCUCAACGUUUACCUAAUUCCAAGGGCGGCAUCAAUGCCAUCACUUUGAGGUCUAGAACCACAUUGCAGGAGAGAAACCAUGAGGAGCUACGCCCACCAGAACACGACCCAGCAGAGGAUGCAGUGGAAGUGGAAGAUGCUAAAGAGGAGGAGGAAGUACAAGACAUUGUUGGAGAAGAAGAAGCUCAACCACAGAAUGAAGCACCAAAGGAUGUUGAAGUUACAAGUAGCGCCCUUUCUAUCCCAUUUCCACAACCUGCAAGGAAGCCCAAAAAGCAGAUGAAACUUGAUCCCAAAAUGGUAGAAAUAUUCAAAAAGGUCGAGGUAAUUGUUCCCCUUUUUGAUGUUAUUCAACAGCUGGAUGCAUUCACAGGAACUUACUCCUUUGAGAUAGAUGGCAGAGCAGUGAAGUUCAGUUUAAAUGAAGCUGUGAAGCAUCCUCCAGAAGAUCAUUCUAUCUUCCAGUGUGACAUUAUUGAUGAAACUGUAGCUGAAGUUCACCAGGAAGAAUUAGAAGAAAAGUACGUGGAACAAGGUCCAAGUGUCGGGAUACUUUUUGAUAACAAUGAGAAGACUUUACCAUUAUCACCAGCCUCGGAUGAUCCAGAGCCUAGCUUUGAGUAG